ACAAGACCUCAACAGAGACCUUCGCCAUGUGCACUACGUCGCGUCCUCAUGUACCUCGUAUAGCACAGCGACCAACACGAAGCGUCCCGCCACGCCAAGUCUCUGCGCCGCUUCGUCAGAGUCCCAACGAGACAGGGACGAUACGACUUCGUCGGGGUCCGAAGAUGACAGUGACGGCAUUCAUUCGUCCGGACAUUAUGAAGUCUCCAACGACACCAAUUCACGGAGGAUAUCCGAAGGCAACGAUUACAACAAGGCUUUCGUCGUCCAAAAAUGACGCUACCGGAUCUCCAAGUGCACUCAAGGCAAUCACAUAUGGCCUGCCUAGGCUAUUGAACAUGCCGUCAACCAGCUGCUCCUUCACUCCCUCGCGAGAGACUCUCUUCCUGCAGAUGUGCUUCUUCUUCGGCGUCAUCACGGCCGGAGCCUCUUCGCGUCUCCACGACACUUCAACCGCUCUUCUUUCGUGCCACCAUAAACAGCCAAAGUUGCCAUGAAAAAAACGAAAAAACAAACCUGAUCCGGGUCCGCUGCCUCGCGCCUCCAGACAGCGAAGACGGAAUAAAAAAAACGAAGAAAAAGAAAAAAAUUCAUCUCCCUGCGACCCUGCCUCCAGAACAAGUCAAGGUCGAAUCCCUUUCUCGUCCUCCGCCUCCUUUCAACCGGUCCACCGCCGACUGUCUGUCCCCGUCCGUCAUAUCCAUUCGUCGCUUCUCUUCGCCUCACCCCAAGCGUCACCUCAGGCAAAGCCUCUUCGCGUCUCUAUCGCAUUUCAGCUUUCUCGUUUCUAGCCGUCAGAAACAGGGAAGUCCGAAUUAGUUUCCGUGCCUCCGUCUCCCUCGAAUAGAGCCACCGCCGUCUCUCUGUUACUGGCCCUGUUCUCCAGCUUUGACUCCUCUUCGGCGCCCCAAGUUUGUAUCACCGUUCAACCCUCACCUUUCGUCUUCCCAACAACAGCCACAGUGGCGAUAAAAAAACAAAAAAACAGAUUCCGUCUUUGCUGCCAUGUGCCUCCACAGACAGCGACACCGGAAUGAAAAAAAACAGAAAAGAACAAAAUACAUUUCCUCCUCAAUUUGCCUGCUUCUAGAACAACUCCAGGUCGAAUUCCCUUCUUCGCCUCUGCCUCCGACGGAAUCCACUGACUCCGUGUCCCUCGCCCACAUAUCCAGUCGUCGCCUCACGUGCUCGCGUGUGUAUCGCAUAUCGGCGUCCUUGUCUCCUUCGUUCAAAAGCAGACAGGGCGGUGCCAAGCAAAGAAUAGCCUGUAUUGUUGCUUCUCAUGAUCAAGAGACGUGGUUGUUGCCCCACCUCCCAAUAUUUCAGCUCGUCCUUUGUCGCCAAUGCUUUACGUGUGGAUGAUAUGACGAGGCUUCUCGCCUUCACGUUUGGCGUCUCCCCUAUUUCUUUAUCUUUUCCGCGGAAAUAAUGUGAUACCAUGUGCCAUAUCAAUUCUCUCCAUGGUCCCCAUACAUGCAGUAAACUGGCUGGCCUUGGGUUUUUCCGUUACACUAUUAUAUAACGGCUCUCUGUCUCGACGUGCUUUUCUUCGUUUCCCCGAAGAAGAGAAGGUACUGUUUCUGUGUGCACGCUCAAGCCGUUAUACCUCUUUUCGUUGAUUGAGACGUUUGAGUCUCCAGCAAUCGGCGGAGAUAAAAUUUCAUCUGCAAUAUAGGACAGCCCAGCCGCUCUAGCUGCUUUCGCCACAAACAAGCGGUGGGGCCUGUUUGUUGGCGCCAAGCAUCAUGUCAUUUUGGUCAGCGGCAAAUAGAAACGAGCCAGUUUCACUGCCUAAUGUGUCCAUUACCGCGCUGCUUCUCUGACAGGACGUCGAACUCAACAGACCAUGGAAGACACUAAGUCAGGGUGCCUCAUGCGUAAACAAACGCGGUUUUCGUUUUUCUAUCUCUCGCAGUUCUCGAUGAAAUCGUUCGUUCAAGUGCAGGCAAGUUUAUAAACGUGCGCACACGUGAAUGAAUGUUUCGGAUGACGGUGCGUUCGCGUAUUUGGUGAGGGCUAGCAUUUACCUAGCACAGAAGGCCACAUGAUACAAGCCUUCCCCCUGUGUCGCUGUUCGAUCCUGUGGAGAAAUGGAACUCACAACUGACACUUCCUCUCAUCUCUUCUCUUCAGGGGUCAGGAGACGCUUUCUCCUACACCCCAACCACUUUAUUAGUCAUUCUGUAAGCCGUCUCAGUGGAUGAAUCACGCUGUUUUGUGGUCCCGAGUUUCUCGGAAACGAGACGCAGCAGCAGCAGCAGCAGUAAGGCAUGUUGUUUAAGUUGUAGUCCGAAUGUCCGUGAAAAAGAACAGUUGUUUUACAGAGUUCUCCAAAAGCUGCGCUAUGGGUAACUUUGGGUGCCUUUCUGCAAGUGUCCACUUGUCAGCAUGAUAUGCGUAACACACGCAGCGAAGAACCGGCUUGUGCGUAGCAAAUCGAAUUUUGCAGAAUAAAUCAAUCACCCGCCGUGAGACGGGGGCUUACGAAGACUGUGAGACACGAGUGAACCCGGAAUCAACACUUCUUCGCAGUUAAUUUUGCGCGUUAAGCCAAGUUCAAAUUGCUUCACGGUUGCUGGACACAUGAAGAGAUAUAAACGAGUCCCGCCAUGGUGUUCCGGUGCUAUCAAUGGUAUGUCCCCGCUGAACAGAGGGACGGACAUCAAUUUUACUUUUGGGACAUCGUGUCGUGGUUGUCAGUGGUGGACCGUCUACUCUCUCUGAUGUCUCUCAAUGCCGACGGCAUUCCUGUCAGUGGAAAGACACCCGAGGCUUCCGCUGUUAAUCAGAUCAAUUUUUUCCGUCUCGUGUUAGUUCAGCUCCCUUGACGCUUCCUCGAUUUGGUAAAAGGGCCUCCCCAGAGGUGCUGUAAGCUAGCAAAGACAGAAAUUGCCAGAGGCCCAGAAAGGGAUCGCACAGCUCUGCCGCCUCAAUACCGUUUUGAACGUAACUCUACAUAAAAUGACAAGGUCACGUGUGCUGUGCAGCGUAGCGCUAUUGGCGUCUACGCAAUUGCUGUCCUGGGCCCAAGCUGAUGAUCCGGUCGUGUCCGUCGAGGAGCUCAUCCGGUCGGAAGAACCAGGCACAAUUUCCGCAAGCAGUGCGGGAGACUAUGGCCUUAUAGAGGACCCAGAAGAUACAAGGGAGAUGUCUCAUCACCGGAGGUACUCCUACCCCGCCAGUUACGUACUUCCCUCACCGGUGUAUUAUCCCCGUUCUCACUACUAUCCCAGGUAUCUUGUGAACCAGAAGGCUUUCAAAGAAGAUGACAUGCAGACUGUGGAUGACCAGGAGGAAAUGAGUCCUGUUGCGCCUCCUGCAGGGGAGCGAGAUUUGUCUCACCGUCGCCACCACAGUCCCGCCCCGUACGGCUAUUAUUACUCCCCCGCAGAAUACUAUACCCCAAAGCACUACGUGGGAAGUCCUUAUCCCAGAUAUCUCAAAGAGGCACGGCGUGCGGCAGUUGUCGAUAAAAGUGCAGCGGCGCAGUCGAAGUUCAUGGCUGCAUCUAGGAAAGUUAGGAACAUGGGACAUCGCCGGUAUGGCUACUACCACGUCCCCCUUCCUUACUACAGCUCUUACUACGGAUACAGGAACUCGCCUUACGGUUAUGUCCGCUAUCUCUAUUGAGCGCACAUCCAUCGAGAAAGCCGUUCCAGUAGGCAAGAUUUUUUCCACGAUUGCAUCCAGGUGUGGACGCUGCAUUUUCCGGGAUGACCAGCAGCUCAGUUUUGUACAUGUCGUGCUGUCUUGCUUUUGCGUUCGGUUUGUCAAUGCGAACUGUCUUUAUGACUCCAGAGGGAGAACAGCAUGGCAUCCCCGUGUUUGCUUGACCUGUUUGUUGGACGCACGGGCGCCCUGCGUGAAACAACAGCACCCUCCCCCCGCCACUUGCAUAUUGCUCGGAGUUUAGAUGUCCGAAAUGCAACAAAAUUGUUUUGAUCGAUUUUCAGAUUAUUUCUUCCACUAAUAAACACUUGCAACAUUGCUCCCGGUUAGGCUGCUGCCCAGGCAGUUGCCUCUAUCCGCUGGUAUGACGAUGCAUACAAUGGGCGUUCAUGAGGAGAACCGCCUCUGUGCUCAACGAAGGUGGCUAUUUCUAUAUGUUAUCAAGCAAAGAAGUCCUACACGCAGACAUUUCUCACAGUAAUAAGUUCAUACUGCUUCACAGUCCAUUUCCAAAAGCCAGUCCUUGUUCCAAAACUGCAUACGCUACCCUCACUGAACGCAUAAUAUCUGUCGUCAGUCCGUUCUGGAGAGCGAAUGCAAGUCAAUCGAAAAAACGUGUCC